GUGAUUUUCGGUGCCGCUGCAGCACAGCAGAUGAGUGAGGGACCAGGCAGGCGACAACGUUCAAACUUCCCCUAACUUAGUCGGGACCACCCAGCGACUGUUUGGACUUUCUUCACCCCCAAACAUGGCAUCGUUAAUUGUCCGCCACCGUCACUAGUUUCAACGGCUUAGGAGCGGAAGUGAGGGAAGGGGGAAGUUGUGAGUAGUUAGAGUAGAAAAUUAAGCCCCUGUAAAGUUAUCUUUCCUCAGCCAAGUUCAGGUAACAAAAUCCCGCCUUUGUGGAGGUAGCGUGUCCGUGGAGUGGUAGUGGGCAUGGACACCCACGUCAAAGAAGGACAACUGUAUGUACAGCAUCAAAAGUUUGGAAAGAAAUGGAAGAAGAAUUGGUUUGUCCUGUACCCCGCCAGCCAAAAUGGCAUCGCCCGCCUGGAAUUCUACGACGCGCCCUCGGGCGGAGGGGGCGGAGGGGGCGGAGGCUCGGCCAGCGGAACCAACGAGAAAACAAGAAAGCUGGACAAGAAGAUAAUCCGCCUGUCUGAGUGCAUUUCCAUCCUGCCCGCGCUGACAGAGAGCUGUCCCAAAGAGAACAUGGCAGCCUUCUGCGUGGAAACCAACGACAAGAACCACGUGUUUGCUGCGGAGAAGAACGCAGCCAAGGACUGGAUGGAUACCAUGUGUGACAUCGCAUUUCAGGGAGGAAGUGGCAGCAGCAGCAGCACUGCUGCUGACUCUAAUGAAGGACUCCAGGACAUGCAAAUGUCAGAAAACCUCAUCUACUACUCCAGAGAGGAAGUGAAUGAGUUCUGGGUGAACAUUCAGCGCACUGAGGCGUCCGAGCGCUGUGGGCUGGCAGGAAGCUACUGGCUGAAAGCAGAAAGUGACAUUUUGAUCUUGAAGGAGCCCAAGACCAAGAGGAAGAUUCUGGUGUGGCCCUACAAGCUGCUGCGGAGAUACGGCAGAGACCGGGUGAUGUUUUCAUUCGAGGCGGGUCGGCGCUGCGACUCAGGUCCCGGCAAUUUCACCUUCGAGACCAAGCAGGGCAACGAGAUCUUCAUGCUGGUGGACCAGGCCAUCCAGUCACAGAAGGCACUGGCUGAGGAUCACCACCUCAACUCCGACCCAGAAUGCCCUCCGUCGCUGCUGUACAUACGCAACGCCGGUGCCAUUACGGGAAGCGGCGACAGCAGCAGCUCCAGCAGUCGAGAGGCAGACGGAGAUUCGGGUGGCAGCAAACCGGGGUCUGCUGAUGGAGUGCUGGGGAAGAGAGAGGUGGGAGAUGGAGGAGGAGGAGGAGGAGGAAGAGGGCAAGGAAGUGGGGCAGCAGGAGGACUGAAAGGUAGAUGUUUACCUGAACCACCAGCUAUGUUGGGAGUUUUGGCAGGAGGUGUGACUCCUCCACGAUCGCCCAGAGGGCAGGCGGCAGCGAAAGGUCAAUCCUCAGCUGAUGAGCACGCACAUCUUUAUUCUGAACCAGCUGACUCGGUCCGUCUGCCUCUGUACUCCGCAGACUGCCUCUACUCUGACCCGGUGGACAGCAUCAAGGGGCAAAACCCAACCAGUAAUUCAUCCAACCCUCCGGUGCCAACCCCGCGGCUCCGGCCGGUAGGAGACGAGGCCAGUGCAGGGGGUGUUCAAGGGGAUCAGCCCAACCACAGGAAGCCACCAGACCUGUACUCACAUGUGUAUGACCAGAUCAACAUGGAGCUCAACCAGAAAACCAGUGUUCUGAGUUUGAAUGGGGGAGGAAAAGGGGUAAAAAGUAAAAAGCGACCACCAGGGGGACAAGCAGAGGGAGUGUCUCUUGCCCUUCUUCCAGAUCACAUAUACGAUGAACCGGAGGGCUGCGCAAGUUUGCCCGCUACUUUAGGGAUGACUAUUUACAGUGAGUCGCGUUUGGAGCCUCACAGCCAGAGAAAGCAGGAGGAGGCUGUAGCCUCGUCAGGCUCAGAGGGGUAUUACAACACCGCGGCCCAAGCAAAGUCCCCCGAGCCCCACAGGCUGUCCCCACCACAGCUCGGCCCGAGACCCGGCACGCAGCAUCCGCCAGCGCCCAAGGGACGCAAACCGGUCACCGCUCCCAAACCGGGAAGGGACAUGUUUGGGCGGAAGGAGCCGGUGCCACUGCCACCCGGCAAACAUGGAGCACCGGGCAGCAAUGUGAAUAACAACAACAACAACAACAUUUGGGGAGGAAGUGGUGAAGCAGAGGGGAGGGAGCUGUACAGCAAAGUGUCAAAACAGAAACGUCUGCCUGUGAACUCAUGGUAUAGCCAGCACCACGAGGCACCACUCAGAUCGCCAGAUAUCAUUUAUGAUAACUUGGGAGAUAUUUGACAUUUUUAAUUCUACAUGAAAUCAAUCAUCUAUCCUCCUUUUUUUUUUUCAGAAAGAAAGAAAAAGAGGAGAGAUUCUGCUCUUUGUUCUUGCAGGUUUUUGUUUUGCAGGAAGAACGCACAUUUUCUGAUUUCCAUCUUUGGACUGGAAUAUUUUUUGGAGAUAGUCGAUCCAGUUUGAGUGGAUUGAGGGAAAACCACAUUAUGGCUGAAAUUCAUGCAACUAUUGUAGGCCCACCCUGUGUGUGUGUGUGUGUGUGCGCGUGUGUGUGUGUGACUGAAAGAAAGAAAGGGGGAGAGUGUUUGCAUGGUGAAACCCAUAAUUGGUGUACAAAGCCACAGUGUGGUUGAAGCCUUGCGCCUCUGUCUCUCUCUCGCACACACACACACACACAGAAUUUGGCAAAAGGAGUUUGGCCUACAGGCUUCACUUUAACAAGCUGAGAGUUUUUUCCUCUAUGAAAAGUCUGCCAUGGUUAUGAAGUGACUGGGAAAAACAUAUAUUAAAACUAAACAAAUGAUUAUAAUUUUUGCUUUUCUGUUUCACGGCAGAUUGAGACAAUGUGACAAUAACGAGUCAUUGUUUUGGUGGCUGUGACUUCACCGUAUGUUUUCUCAAUUGAUGACUUUUUUAACAAUCCCAUCUCGGGGAUAUUGAUGUACAAUAUUCUAAUCGGAUCUACUCGAUGGAAAGACGUUGUUGCUAUAGUUACAGGAAGAAUGGGAAGUUGGACUUAAAGACCUCCUCUGGGUCUUGGAAUCAGACGACAUACUGUACGUGGCUCAUAAAGUGUCUAUCACAUGGACCCACGGGACAACGUCCUGCACAAGAUAAUAUUAUUUGAGUCCUUUAUGUAUGUCUUUAUGUACAGAAAUCUAAUUAACCAGUCCCCUGUAAUGUGUCCGUACACAUGUAUGUGUCAAAAACAGCUGUGCUGUCUGUAAAUGGAGCUAAAAAUAAAGAAAUGGCUCUGAAAAUAUAAAGUAAAGAACUGGGCUAAAUGCUG